AUGAGGAGGAAUGAGUCAUCUCCGCAGCCAGGGACCGCCUUCCUCCCCGAGGACGACCUCUGCUUGGCAGCCCGGGCACACAAAGUGCUGGGCUGGAGCAGCUCUCCGUCAUCCCAGUCGUCCUCAGAGUACCAGUCCUAUUCUCAGUACCAGUCCUGGGCCUCCAGGAAACAGGAAGAGGAACAGGAGGCCCCACCCGAGAGCGUGUGUGCCCUGUACACCCAUGUGCAGACUGUGCACGGCGUGGCAGUGGCUUGGGAGACUGACGAUGGCUUCGAGCCAGUCACCAGGAAGCCCCUCAUCCGCGAGGCCGAGUUCAUCAAGCGUCAGCGGCGGAAAGGAUCCUCCUUCGAGAUGGCCUCCAACACAGACCUGCGCUGGGAGCUGGAAGCCUGCAAGCAUCGCUGCCCGGAGCCCGAGGAGGCUGCGGACUGCUGCUUGCAGGAGCUGCGAGCACCGCCAGACUGGCUGGUCACCACCAACCACGGCCUGCGCUGCGUGGCCUGCUGCAGGGUCUUCCCCACGCUGGAGGCGCUGCUGGACCACGCCCAGCACGGCAUCCGCGAUGGCUUCAGCUGCCAGAUAUUUUACGAGGAGAUGUUGGAAAGGAAGCGGGCCCGGGAUCAAAAACAGGACCAACAGCCUGUAGAGGAGGAGCAGUGCCCUUCUGACAGUGAAUAUACCCAGCCUUGCACCAAGGUGCUUUUCCAGCAGCAGCCACAGCAGCAGCAACAGCCACAGCUGCCAAAGCAGCAGCAGCAAGAGCAGCAGCAGCCGCCGCCAGAGGAGCCACAGCCGCCACAGCAGCCACUGGGGGAGUAG